AUGUUCGCCGGCUACGCUGCUGUCCUCGCCGUCCUGGCUACCACUGUCGUCGCACGCACCUGCCCCGCCGGCUUGAUGAAGUGCACCUACGUUGGCCCCGAGGCCCAAUGCUAUGUUGAGUUUCCACCUUGCCCAACACAGGUUCUGGCUGUUCCACCAAGCCGGCCAUUGCGGGCCUUCCCAAGUGUUAAGCCACUGGCCCCCAUUCUUUUGAAGAUUAUCUUCAACUAUUGCAAAGCCACAGGCACCUUGAAAAACCAAAAGGAGGGGGAAAACGCGACAGUACCACGGCGCCACUUGCGGGUACCUUGCAGCUAUAGGACAAAUGUUGAUCUUGGAUAUACACACAUAGUUUGUUACGCCCCGGCUAAGCCUUUCAGGGAUCGUAUGACUAUCUACAUAGUCUCCAUCUUCGUUCAUAUCCUCACCUCCCAGAAGCCCAAUUGA